AUGUUAAACACCACGACAAGUGUAGUUGUUUUUAUUCUCGGAUUAGGACAAAUAGUUCAGGUGACAUCCACAAAUGACUUUCUCGAACACAACGGCAGUUUACCGGAAAUAGCGGUGUUGUAUGAGAAAUAUUGUCCGGAUAUCAGUCUCUGCACAACAAAGCCAUCAGGACCAGUCACAACUACACAGUCUUGUUGUGGUGGCUGUAGUUGUUCACUGAAGUGUUUCCAAGCAGGAAACUGCUGUCCAGAUGUGCUUCAAUACGAAAACGAGACUUCGUACGAGACAUGUGUUCGUCCUCAAUAUCUGCCGUACGGUGUCACCAUCUCGAGUGCUCCAUCGUCUUACUUUAUGAUCCACAAAUGUCUGUCGGAGUUCGGAGAUACCGACAUAGCUCGAAAGUGUGAAAUUAUUCCCCAUAAUCCCAGAAACCUAAGUGACUUCCUUACCACACUUCCCGUCUCAAAGGUUAAUUCGACCAGUGUGUACCGGAAUUCAUACUGUGGUCUGUGUAACGGAGAAUUCCGGGAGGCUCUUGUGCAGUGGACAAUUGAAAUAGUGUGUGAUUCAGGAAAUGACAUUCAAACAAAGUCUUUUGAUGAGCUGCUGCAUGCUCUGAACCGGGACAAGAACUGUAACCUUAUUUACCGCGUACCAUUGGGAAUGAAUAUCACGUCCCGUGUAUGUCGUUGGGGUGAUAUCACUAGGUGUAAUCAGACGGGGGAUAUGGAUAACUAUAACAAAACGCUGGAUGACAUGUGUGGAGCGUUUACUUCGCUAUAUAAAGGCUUGUAUAGAAAUGUGUUCUGUUACCUGUGCAACAACGACGUACACGGCAACUGUACAGACGUCUACCCAUGGGCUGCGCUUAAUUCGAAAGCAUUUACAGCCAUAUUAGAUUUCGGCAUCAUAGGUUAUAAAACGCCUCGUCAGGACCAUCACACUGACACAUGCUCACCGAAACAGCAGUACGACAGAUACAAGGAUAUUUGUAGAGACAUCACGUGCGCUGCUGGAUCAGUAUACAUUGAUGGUGUGUGUAAGCGACAAUACGCUCAAGAAUCUAUCAAGUCUUAUGACGUGUACAUACGAGUCAGCAUGGGACACAAUUUCUGUGUGGAUGGCCUAGAUCAGUUUGGUAUCGAACUAAGCAGAUCUGUACAUCAGAUGCUUAAGCGCUCCCCAGUUUUAAAUGACUUUGUCUGUUCAUUCGUCCCUUUAUUCAUGCCUUCGAAAAAACAGUGUUAUAACAGCGAAUCGUCUUCUGUAUCUUACACUUUGUUCCACAUAGGAUUAUUUUCGUACAAAGUACAUUCCGUUGACGAUUUGCUGACAGAACUGUCCUCACUCGACAACCAACAUAUCGUCGUUAGUGACUAUAAUUUCACAAUGACGCUAGACUCGGGAUAUUAUGGUGAUAUAGUGUUUGAUUCCUACAAACACACAAGACGGUAUACGGAUCCGGUUACUAAGGAAACGCUCUUUGACCUUCCUACCGGUUACAUCCUGACCAAAAGCUGCCAAUAUCCUAUUCGACACAUGCGUGUGACCAAACUGUCCUUCUGUCCACGUGUGUUUCUCUCAUCAGACGAAUACAGCGUCAAGUUUCAUCCAGAGUCUGUAUGUUUAGAAAUGAUCAAGCUGUGUAUGGCUAAUGGUACAUAUGAACAGAAAGUUAACGGGUUAGAGAUGUGUGCAGAUGUUUAUUUCAUGCACGUUGAAAACUUGACCUUUGAAAACUCGACAGCUGACGUUUGUAAUGAAAGUGAUAACAAUGCAUCAUACCUUUUCAACCUACUGUCGGUAAUAUGUGCCGCAAUGUCGAUAUUUUUCUUGAUUUUGACCAUUCUUACAUAUAUUUUAUUUAAAAGUUUGCGAACAACACCAGGUAAAAACAAUAUGUUUUUAUCAGUAAGUCUCUUAAUCGCCCAAUGUUUGUUCCAGUUUGGUGCCGGCCAGACGACGUUAGGUCUAGGUUGUGUUGUAAUCGGUGUCUUGAUACACUACUUUUAUCUGUCCGCUAUCGUCUGGAUGAAUAUUUGCUCCUUUCACAUGUACAGAGUGUUCUCUAGUCUGAAGGCAAAAACAAUGAGUUCACUAAGAGACGAGAAAAGGGACAUGAUAGCAUAUAUUUCUUAUUCUGUAGUAGCUCCACUCGUAAGCGUGUCUGUGAACAUCGUGGUCAGUUUAGUGACGUCAGACUGGUCGGACAUCGGUUACGGAGGCUGCAUCUGUUACAUUUCUUCAAAACAAAUGAUUUUGUAUACAUUUGCCAUUCCCAUCGCUAUUGUUCUUAUUCUUAACGUCGCAUGCUUUGUAGAUGUGAUAAUAAACAUUAGGAGAUCGCAACAUUCCAACCUUUCUUCUAACCAUGAUCAAAUAUCGAUCGUGGUGUAUCUGAAGCUUUCCUGUCUGACUGGCGCCUCUUGGGUUUUUGGCUUCCUUUACACAUGGCUAAAUCUAGACGUAUUUGGAUACAUGUUUAUCGUCUUAGCUGCUGGACAAGGGAUCUAUAUUUUUCUGUCAUUUAUUUGUACGAAAAGAGUUAUGAAACUUUAUGGAAAAUUGUUGAGGUGCCGCGGUUCAAAUGAAAGCAAGUACUCAUCAAGGGCAAAUCAAUCGAGUGUGUCAUAUGUUUCAACAAAACGAAAUUCAGAUAACAAUUAACAUCAACCCUCGACCACAAAUUGA